UACGCUUUAUUAUAAAUACUAUGAUUUUUGUUCUUUUGAAGUUUUGUAGUGCGCAAGACACUCUUUCGGCGUCAACAAGUAAACGCUAUUCCGAACAUUUAAGUUUACUUGGGCCUUUUAAGGAGGGACAGAUACUUGAACAGUGGGAACUUUCUGAAAGAGCAUCUCUUAAACCAGAUAGUGUUAGGAUUGUCCCUGCGCUACCGCAAUCUAGUGGACAAAUUUGGAAUAGAAAUCCCGUAUAUUAUCAAGAUUGGCAGGUUGUGUUUAAGGUCAGAAUUACUGGUACAAAAGAUCUCGGAGCUGACGGUAUCGCAUUUUGGUACACCUCCUUGAAACAAGAGCCGGGCCCUGUUUACGGCAGUGCUGAUCAUUGGAAAGGUCUUGGCGUCUUCUUGGAUACUUUCAACAACGACGGAAGGGGCCCCCCCUCUGUUAUUCUUGCUGUUGUCAAUGACGGAACGCUUUCUUAUAAACACGGUGAAGAUGGUUUUGGGCAAAGCAUAGGAAGCUGCUCUGCGCGCCUUCGGAACACAGUAGAGCCCGUCGAGGUCACCGUGCAAUACUCGAAUAAAAUCUUAACGGUUUCGACGUUGGAUCCAAAAACGCAACAGGCAAAAGUCUGUUUUCCUCCUCAACCUGUACAGCUGCCGAUCAAAGGCCACUUUGGCUUUACUUCUUCUACAGGAGCGCUUUUUGACAAUCACGACUUGAUAUCGGUGGAAACAUUUCAUCUCACGUCGUUUAAAGGAAACGAAGAAAUGAGCAUAAAGCAAAGAGAAGGUAGUUCUCUUCUUCAGAAGGCGCAGAACUCGCAGCUGCAGAUGGCGCAGUCCAUUGAAAAUCUUGAAAGUUCCGUAAGAAGUUCACUUGAGCUGUACAGAAACCAACAGGAAAGGCACCAUUCAGAGAGACUUCAAAAAAUUCUUCUUUUGCUACAGAAAACUAUACGGGAACAGAAAGCUCAAGAUGAUAAGGCCUCAUUGAAAACUUUUAAGAGCCUGCACAAGCAAGUCAAUUCCUUUUCAACAAGCUUAAGUGAAUUCAGAAGUUUACUUUGGGACCGGCUUUUAGGCAUAAAAAAAAUUUCCGCAAAUUAUUCAAAAAGAAAAAAAAAUUUUCUUAAUCUUAGUUUUGUAAGUCUAAUCUUAAUAGGAGGUAUGGAUUGA